UUACGGGAUUCUUUAAAGGGGUUUCGAGAUCCUUUCUGGGGGUGGGGAAACGGGUUAAAAGGACAUAAUUUUAUUAUUUUUAUAAGCAAAUUUUUAAAAUUGUAGAUUCCGAAUAAGCGGCAUGGACGGCAUAAAUAAGUACAACGAAUUUGUGGCGUUGCACAAGCCGCAGCUGGAGUCCUCGGCAAUUCCGGUGCACUUCUGGCCAGCUCUUUACCGGAAGCUAUCAACCGACACCUUUGAUGCCGGCGAGGCCCUGCAGCUUAUGCUGAUCGACUAUGACGAGGACGAGGAACAGAAUCCUGCCCAGGACGACGACAGUCCUAAUCCUAUUUUUGCUUUGGCAGUGGCAAGUGAAAAAGGGAUCAAGUUCACCGAUCCCCAGGCUAUUUAUUUGAUUGACCAUGCCUGGACUUUCCGGCUGAACAGUGCCCGGCAGCAGUUGGAGCAGUACCCGCAGCUGGGGGAUCGGAUGUCGGCCAUUACCGGCGUGGACUUGGAACUGCCGGAUCGCAUUGAAAGAAUCUUGCGGCGCUUGUGGAAGUACUGCCAUGCCUAUUCCAUCGGAGUUGAGGGACUGUCCGAUGAGGAGCGGCAGCCAAUCUGGUAUGUAAUGGACGAAGUGGGCUCGGCGGUAAAUCACUCGGACGACCCCAACUUCCGACUGGUGCCACUGUUCCACAUGAACAGCCAGACUACAUACAGCGUGCUGUUUCCCAUCCGGAACUGCGAGGCUGGUGAGCAGGUUACCCGUGAUGUGGUGGAAUACGUUUCCAAAGAUGCACCCCAGCGAGCCGCUCUAUUAUUACCGUGGAGGGAUGCUGACCUCACGGAUGAGAGCUUCUUGCAGGUGGAGCCUCGCGCAGAUUACUUUACCAGCGGUCACAUCCCAGAGACCUAUCCCAAAGAAAAUACCGAUCUUGUCCCUGUGGGAUCCCGCUGUGAUCCUCUAAAGGUCUUCGCCGAGUACGAGGUGGUGCGGAAGCAUCUUACCUCCCCAGAGUUUAUUCUAGUCAACAACGAAGAAGAGGCCGAUGUCCUGUGGCUCACCCAUCACUUCAAAACCUUUGAGGAGUUUAGCGAACAGUCUCCCAGAAAGUUUAUUAAUCAGUUUCCUUUUGAGUACGUGAUCACUAUCAAAGAUCUACUCAGCAUAGUGGGUCGCAGGGCCGCCAAGGAGCAUCACAAUAGCCUCACCCUGGAUACCUAUCCCGAUUGGCUACCCACCACCUACAAUUUGUCCACAGAGUUGAGGGAGUUUGCUUCCUAUUACCAAGCCAGAGCCGCAAAGGGUCUGGACAAUCAUUGGAUCAUCAAGCCCUGGAAUCUGGCUCGCGGACUGGACACCCACAUCACAGACAACAUCAAGCAGAUUGUUAGACUGCCGGCCACGGGCCCAAAGAUUGCACAAAAGUACAUUGAGCGCCCGGUUCUCUUCAAGCGAGAAGAGUUGGAUGAGCCCGUGAAGUUCGACAUUCGCUAUGUAAUCCUCCUCAAGAGCGUGAAACCCUUAAGGGCUUAUGUUCAUCGCAAGUUUUUCCUCCGGUUUGCCAAUCAUCCAUUCUCAUUGGACCAGUUCGACGACUACGAGAAGCACUACACCGUUAUGAACUACCAAGAAGAGGCGCAGCUGCACCAUGUCAAGUGCGUGGACUUCCUAGGACUGUGGCAGGAACAGUAUCCAGACAACGCCUGGACUGAUCUUGAGCGACGUAUAUGUUCAAUGCUCUACGAGGUGCUACAGUGUGCCAGCCAGGCGGAUCCUCCGUGCGGACUAGCACCGUGCGCCCAGUCCCGGGCUCUGUAUGCUGCGGACAUAAUGCUGCGCUGGACGGACGAGGAUAACAAAGUCAUGCAGCCUCAGCUCCUGGAGAUCAACUGGACCCCCGAUUGCAAGAGAGCUUGCGACUACUAUCCUGACUUCUUUAAUGACAUUUUCCGACUACUCUUUUUGGACGAAGAAAACGACGAAACCUUCCGUCUUCUGACGCCAGAUCAAUAAAAUGGUUUUACCAACUUAA